AGAGGUUAAUACAAAAGUUUUAAGUCAUUACAAAGCACUUCUUAAAUUUGAAUUUAUUUUUUUAUAAAUUAAUUUAAAUAAUUAUUUAAAAAUAAAAUUAAUAAGUAAUCAGAGGAUCAGAUAAAAAAAAUCAGAAUGUUUGCGUUUAAUAUGUUCCCGAGGCCUUUUAAUACUCAGUACAAGUGUUUUUCAGUCUCGAUGUUUCCAGGGAAUGAGAGACAAGACGUCGAACGUGGAGGAAAAAUUAUCAUGCCGCCCUCAGCCUUGGAACAGUUGACAAGAUUGAAUAUCGUCUACCCGAUGUUAUUUAAAUUGACGAAUAAAAAAACAAAUCGUGUGACACAUUGUGGUGUCUUGGAGUUUGUUGCUGACGAAGGAAAAGUUUAUCUUCCAUACUGGAUGAUGCACAAUUUGUUACUCGAAGAAAGCGAGAUAAUAAACAUCGAAAGUGUUUCAUUGCCAGUAGCAACUUACGCGCGAUUCCAGCCCCAGUCUGAGGAUUUCCUGGACAUAACAAACCCCAAGGCUGUUUUGGAAAACGGACUGCGCAGCUUUGCUUGCUUGACAACUGGAGACAUUGUCGCUAUUCAGUACAACCAGAGGAUAUACGAGAUGUGUGUAUUGGAGACCCGACCUGGACCAGCUGUUUCUAUCAUCGAGUGCGACAUGAACGUCGAAUUCGCUCCGCCUGUCGGUUACAAAGAGCCAGAGAGACAGGAACAGAAAAAACAAGAGGAACAAAUAGAUCCAGCUGACUUGAUGCCAGAGUCUACGGAAUUCUUCGCAUUCCAAGGACAGGGAAAUAGACUCGAUGGUAAAAAACGCAAAGAUUCUGGGCCUUCGGAAGUUCAAGUUCCGAAGCCGGUUUACGUUCGUGGAAUUCCUGACUACGAUUAUAAAAUUGGAACACUUAACUUUUUACGUAACAUCAAAUCGAUUAAUAAUAGUAAAGAUGAAAAAAACGUCGAUGAUUUUAAAGCUUUCACUGGUGAAGGAUUUUCAUUACGUAAAUCUAGAAAAUAAAUUUUUAUAAUUAUAUUUUAUAAGAUAAGUAAAAAAUAUUUAUUAGGGCAAUAAAUUUGUCGACUUUUACUUUA